AUGGCUCUGAAAAACAUCUGCCGGAAUCCGGCGCCGGCGCCGCUGUCCGUGUUCCGCUUCUCAGCAACCCUACGCGUGCUCCGCAUCUGCUCUGACCAUGGCGAACUUGAGUUCCCCGCGGAGGCCGCCGCCGCCUGCGGCACGCUCGGUUUCCCGCGCCUCGAGCAACUGACGCCCAAGGGCGUCAGGAUCUCCGAGUGCACUCUCCAUGACAUCCUGUCCAGAUGCCUUGUCCUGCAGAGCUUGGUGCUGCAGUACAACCUCGAUUAUCGUCAUCUCCGGAUCAUCUCCUCGAUGCUCCGGAGCCUCGGUGUAUCGGAUGUUCUCAGCCGAGAAAGAAAGCUCGAAGAAGUCAUCAUGGAGGAUGCUCCUUGGCAAGUGUCAUCAUAG